AUGACGACCCUAUGGACCGAAAAGUACCGCCCAAAAUUUCCAAUUGCCCAAGGCCAUCCCCAUCUUCUUCUUCACGGUCCGCCAUCAACCGGAAAGACAACCUAUGCACACCAGAUUGCCCAGCCACCUGUUCUUGAACUGAAUGCAAGCAAUGAUCGCGGCAUACAGGCCAUCCGAUCGCUAAAAAACGUAAAUAACCACACGAUUAUUCUUGAUGAGUGUGAUCAGCUGACUGUUGAUGCACAGCAGUGUUUAAGACGCAUAAUAGAGACCAGCAGCAACAAAUUCAUUUUUAUCGCGAAUUAUCUCUGUAAGAUAAUUCUGCCUCUGAAGAGCCGUCUUUAUAAAAUCAAGUUUGAGAACAGGGGCAUGCUGGUAAGGUUGAAGGAUAUUGCACAGUUAGAAAAACUGGAUGUAAAUGUUGAACGAAUUUACAAGGGGUGUGGCAUGGAUGUGCGCAAGUCGCUGAAUAUCAUGCAAGCCCUAGCUGCGAUUUUAAAAAACAACUCGGAUGCCGCAGAUGAAUUAGAUAAGGACUCGUUAAUUGAUGAUUUUCUUGGUGUGAUACCUGCUAAAACUAUCAGUGAUUUUGAACUGCUAACUUUUGGUGGUUUGAAAGGAUUUGUUACCGAUUUUAUGAACUGUUCUUAUUCGCUAGUUCAGUUUAUCAUUCAAAUAGUUGAUCGAGAUCUCCCCAUAGAGUUUUACAAGGUGAUUGGUGAAGUGGAAGAGAUGUGUAUUAGGGGCGGUGAUACUGAACUACUCCUUUAUUUUCUUUGUUCUUCCUACAUAAAAACUAGACACUGUUCGCAACAUUUGUGCUAAAUUGUUACUUAACAUGAUUGUUUGUUAUACCCAGUUAUCAAUGCUGUGCUCGUCUUCUUGAUCUUAACGCGUUUAAACACAGCCUUUAUCUCAGUAAAUUUCAUUCUUCUGUUA